GGUAGUUUCCUCUGCGAGUGACUCAGACUUCAAAACAGUCGCCUAUAUACACAGUUACCCAGGUCUCACACUAAUCACUCAGCUUGCAUUCGAACUGCCAUGAUGUCAACCUCGCAAGAAACCCCCUUUCAAAUCUCCAUCCCCGACGACGCACUCUCCGCCCUCAAAACCCGCCUCUCGCUCACUCGCUUCCCAGACGAGCUGGACGAAGCGGGCUGGGACUACGGUGCCCCUCUAAAGGACAUCCAACGACUCGUAGCGUACUGGAAAGACGGCUACGACUGGAGGAAGCACGAGAGGGAGAUGAAUGAGGGGUUGAGGAUGUUCACGAGGGAUGUGGAGGUGGAGGGGCAUGGGGUUUUGAAUGUGCAUUAUGUGCAUGAGAGGAGUGGGGUGGAUGGGGCGUUGCCUUUGUUUUUCUCUCAUGGGUGGCCGGGAAGUUUCGCGGAGGUGCAGAAGCUGUUACCACUGCUCACAGCAGCGUCCCCAGAUCAUCCCAGCUUCCAUGUCGUAGCCUUCAGCCUACCAGGUUAUGGGUUUUCAGAGGCCCCUCACAAGCCGGGUUUCGCGGGGAAACAAUACGCAGAAGUGGCACACAAACUAAUGCUCGCACUGGGAUAUAACGAGUAUGUCGUACAGGGAGGAGACUGGGGUAACCUCAUCACACGAACGAUGGCGAAGAACUACGGGCCUGAACACGUCAAGGGAUGGCACACCAACAUGCCGCUUGCCUUGGAGCCCUCCCUGUUCUCACAGCCCCUGACGUGGCUUUCGCACAAGCUGAGCACGUAUACUCCACAAGAGAAAGCCCACCUCGCCCGUGGCGAGUUCAUCACCCGUACGGGACGUGGCUAUUUCGAGAUUCAGGCGACGAAGCCUCAGACGAUCGGAUAUUCGAUGGCGGAUUCGCCGGUGGGGUUGUUGGCGUGGAUUUACGAGAAAUUAGUCGUUUGGACGGACGAGUAUGAGUGGAGCGACGAUGAAGUGUUGACGUGGGUGUCGAUAUAUUGGUUCUCGAGAGCGGGGCCUGCGGCGGCCGCGAGGAUAUACUACGAGACGAGACAAUCGGGGGAACGAAAUAAUCCGCCCAUGGGCAUUGUCGUGCCCAUAGGGGUGGCCUACUUUCCAAAAGAACUAAGGGUUCCUCCGCGAAGCUGGAUCCGCAGCGUGGGGAAUGUGGUGUUCGAGUCGGAGCACGACAGAGGUGGGCAUUUCGCAGCGCAUGAGAAUCCGGAGGGGUUGGCGGAUGAUUUGAGAAAGAUGUUUGGGAGGGGAGGACCGGCGUAUGGAGUGGUUCCGGGGAAAACGGGCUAUGCGUGAUUUAUGAUACUCACUAUUGCCAUGUUAUGAAUCAUGUAUACGAGCGAAUAACGAUCAGUAACAAUAAG